UCGCUGCCCUUCGCUGCUCCUGUUUCUCCAGGGCCGUCUUCCGUCCGCUUGCCCCAGGCCUGCCCCCGUCGCCCUCCCCGCUGAUCCGCUAUUCUGCCCCCCGUCGUUGCCAUGCACAUGCAGCGCUUUCGCCCGGGCGGCAUCGGCGCCCUUGUCCGUCUGGUCCUUUUGUCGGUGUUGCUGCGGCCCAGUUUGCAGCAAACUGGGGCACCAGAUCUCGACGUCAGUGCUUCCGGUGCAACGUUCCCCGGCGCCCUGUACAUCCAGCUCUCGUCCGACUUUUCCUCGGCCUUCACCGACAACUUCACCUAUUCGCCCACCUCGUCGGGCCAGGGCGUCAGCUCUCUUCUCGACCCGUCGCAGCCCCUUGGCUAUGCUGGUUCGGAUCUCAUCCCCAGCACGCUUCAGGCCAACGGAUUGCAGCUCGUUCCCGUGCCCUCCUUUGUCAGCGGCAUCGUCGUCGUCUACAACCUUGGCCCGCUGACCGCCAGCAAUCCCCUCAAGCUCACCCGCAAGAAUGUUGCCGACAUCUUCCAGAAUGUCGUCACGACCUGGAGCGACCCCAGUCUGGUCGCCAACAAUCCUUGGCUCGCGGGCACCAACCACUCGAUCCAGCUUGUCACCCGCUCCGGCACCUCCGGCACCAACGCCCACUUUCUCGAUGCCCUCAGCAGCUUCCGCGACAACUUUACCACCCUCUCCAACGGUGUCUUCCCGAACGUCAACCAGUUCUGGGCCCCCACCAACGACUAUGUCGGUGCUGUUGUCAGCAGUGUCAACUACUCCAUUUCGUACAUGGACUUUCCCGACGCCCUCUCGAACCGCCAGGCCAACGCCGCCUUUGGCAUCGCCCAGCUCUUCAACAAGGCUGGCAAUCUCAUUGUUCCGUCGCUGAGCUCGAUCCAGAGUGCCCUCAACAACCUCAACUCCACCUCCAGCCUCGAUACCUCCAACCUUGCCUGGUCGAUCAACAGCGCUCUCACAGACUCGCCUGAUCCCAAUGCCUAUCCGAUCAUCGGCUCGACUUUUUACAUGCUCCGCCAUGACAGUCCCAGCUCCGUCAACUCGGCGCUGACCGAGAGCGACAUGCGCGCCGCCCUGCGCUAUCUGUGGUGGACGCUCUUCAACGGCACCGAGCCGACCCCGAGCCCCUUCUACAAUGCCACCUCGACCGUCACCUCCAAGUCCUUUGUUCGAUACCCAUUCGCCUUCCGAAACUACUCGUACAGCCUCCUCCGCACCGUCAGCUUCCGCGGAGUCCAGCUCUACAACGACCAGGAGCCCUGCAACCCCCGCUUCGAUGCCAGCGGCAACUACCUCGGCCCCAACUCGUGUGCCAAUGGGUUUUGUCUGAUCGACGGGCCUUUCCAGUCCGGCUCCACCUGUGUCUGCCAGGCAGGCUUUAUCAACAUCAACCAGCGGGACUGUUCCGAGCAAGCCGUGUUCUUCAACUACCCCCUCGGCGCCCAGGACUCGUACCAUCUGCGGUUGAUCCUGCUUGUGCUGCUAUGCUUGGGCUUUAUACUCAUUGCCGCGAUCACAGCCGUUAUGAUCUGGAAGAGCAAGGAGAAUCUCAUCCGUGCGAUUGCGCCGGCGUGCUGCUAUGUGGUCCUUGGUGGAUGCGCCAUCGGUCUCUUGGGUGCCCUGCGCCUCUCGGAAGUGCCCACCAGUUUGACCUGUGUCUUUGACUUCUUCCUGGUCCCGGUUGCCUUCACAACCGUGUUUGCCAUCCUGCUCCUCAAGGCUUACCGGAUCUAUGCCAUCUUCUCCUACAAACGCAUGUCCACCUCGUCCAUCAUCCCCAACACCAAGCUCAUCCUCGUCAGCCUGGGUCUCAGCGUCGUGCAGCUCCUCAUCUCGGCCAUCCACACCGGCAUCAUCCGUCCCAAGGCCUCGGUUGCCCUCAUCGGCGAGCAGUAUGUCGUCACAUGCCCGAUCGACCCCGGCAUGUUUGGCGGCUUCAUCUCCUUCCUGGUGAUCACAAUUGCCUUCAACCUGCUUAUCCUGGUUGGCUGCUUGGUCCUUGGUGUUCUGACCCGCGGCGCCCAUGUGACCUUUACCGAGUCCAAGGAGCUCUACUACUGCCUGAUUGCCACGGCCCCGACGGUCAUUCUGGGCACGAUCAUGGUGUGUCUCCUGCGUGGCCUGAGCUUUACCGGCUCGGACACGGUCUCGCAGUUCUUCACCUCUCUGGUCAUCACCAUCGUCUUUGGCUUCAUUAUUCCCUUGACCCUCUUCAUGCCGCGCAUCGUUGCCGUGCUGAGGGGCUCGGACGCCAAGCCCGGCCUCGAAGCCGGCCCCACCGACAGCCAGAACCUGUCGAGCCCCGUGGCUCCGUCCAUUGGCUCGUGGGCCAUCCGUGCGCACACCUACGAAGUCGGCGUCCAGGGCCUCAAAUUUGGCUCGGCCUGGACCUCGGUCUCGCUCCUGACCCUCCCUGAGAUGGACCUGAUUGUGUUCCUGGACUCGGUCAACACCAAGAAGGCCCUCAUGUCCUUCCAGCUCAAGACGGUCGAGAUCAACUACGUCCAGCCCAACGGCGACCGCGCCGACGAGCCCACCAAGCGCAUUCAGCUGCGGCCCACGCCGCUGUCCAAGACCCACUUCAAGAUCGAGUUCCCGGUCUUAGAACAGGCCACCCGCUUUGCAACGGCCGUGGCCCAGUUCCAGCGCCUCAACCAGAGCUCUCCCUCCGACGGCAGUUCGGCCAACUUUGGGCCUCUGUCGUCACUUGCCCGUCUGAGCCAGCCCAAUCUCGACUCUCCGGUGGCGCUUACGCCCAUGACUCUGCCUCCACUGAACCCGUCCGUCAUCAGCCGGUCGUUCCCUGCCGAAAGCCGCCUGUCAUCGGUCCACUCCCAGCUCUCAAAGGCGCCGCAUUCCGAGAAAUCGAGUCCCACCGCCGUGACUUCCUCCGAGUCCUCGCUGGGUGGACGCCUCAUGACCCUUGAGAGUCUCGCGUCCGAUUCUCAUCUGAAGGACGACGAUGGCGACGAGCUCUUGGUUCUCAGGCCCUGAAGGAUCCAUGUGGGCUCGACCGAUUCCAACCGCCAUCUGCAGACACCUGCCAUACUGAGCCUUCCUGCUGCUCGGACAUGACACUUGCUACCGUGCCCACCUCGUAUAAGCCUGCUUUCCUCCACUCUCUUCCGCCUGCGUUCCUGGCGCAUUUGACUUUGUUGCUGUUCUAUGUUGUGAUGUUGAUACUUUGAUUUGCUGGUCGUUUGUGCGAUGCUGUAUCCGAGCCUUUUCUCGUUCUCUUGUCCCCGUUUGUGUCCUCAAAAUUAUCUUGCUUGAACCCUGUCCC